AUGUAUGCUGUGUCUAUUAGUGAUGAGGGUGACUGUUACCGGUGUUUCCUGCCCGACCCGGGCAUUGGUACGGCUGCGCUAGGUGCUGGUGAGGCUGCGCUCUCAGGUACUGGUGAGGCUGCGCUCUCAGGUACUGGUGAGGCUGCGCUCUCAGGUACCACGUCGGCUUCGGCCUCCUUCACCUUUACACUUGACUCUGGGGCUUCUCGCUCCUUCUUUCGGGACCGCACCACACUCACGCCGCUUGGCCGGCCGGUUGCGGUCUCCCUGGCUGACCCCUCUGGGGGUCCUGUCCUCUCUCACUUCUCCACUGUCCUACCGUGUCCAGCUGCCCCCUCGGGCACCUUGUCUGGUCUGUACCUCCCCUCGUUCUCGACGAACUUGGUGAGUGGUGCUGCCCUACAGGAUGCGGGGGUUCACCAGUUUACUCCUGCGAGUCAGCGGGUGACCCACUGCACGGACGCACGCACAGGUCGGCACCUGGCCACGUUCUCCCGUCGGCCGGGAUCGAGCCUCUACACCCUGACCACUGAGUCUCCUCCUGUCCCUGUGUCUUGCCAGGAAGCUGCGUCGGGUCAGGUGUUUGCUGCUGCGUCCAGGGACAUGGCUUCCCGUGUCCUUGUCUCUGGUCUUCCCCGGUCUCUCCCUCCCCUUCCUUCGGGGCCAGGACCUUCCUGUGUCCCUUGUGUCGAGGGGCGCCUCUGGGCUGCCCCCCACUCCUCACAGUUUCCUCCGACAGAGGCUCCUCUGCAGACGCUUCACAUGGACGUGUGGGGCCCGGCCCGCGUUCGUGGACAGGGUCACGAGCGCUACUUUCUGCUAGUGGUUGAUGACUACUCGCGUUUCACCACAGUCUUCCCCUUGCGCAGCAAGGGUGAUGUCACUGAGGUGUUGAUCGACUGGAUCCGCACAGCUCGUCUCCAGCUCAGGAGGAGCUUCGGCUCGGACUUUCCUGUUCUGCGUCUGCACUCUGACCGAGGCGGAGAGUUUUCCUCUGGCCUUCUGCGAGCCUACUAUCGUGCACAGGGCAUCCGCCAGACCUUUACGCUUCCGGACUCUCCACAGCAAAAUGGGAUUGCUGAGCGCCACAUUGGCAUGGUCAUGGACGUCGCCCGUACGUCCAUGAUGCAUGCGGCUGCCCCCCAUUUUCUGUGGCCGUUUGCGGUACGGUACGCGGCGCAUCAGAUCAACCUUCACCCCAGGGUUUCCCGGCCGGGGAAGGUCCGCACCUCCCCGGCCCUCCUGUGGACUGGGAAGGUCGGCGAUGCGUCUGCAUUCCGUGUCUGGGGAUCUCGGGCGUUUGUUCGCGACUUGUCUGCGGACAAGCUAUCCCCCCGUGCUGCUCCCUGUGUCUUCCUUGGCUUCCCCCCUGACGCUCCAGGGUGGCAGUUCUACCACCCCUCCUCUCGUAGUGUUCUGUCCUCCCAGGACGUCACGUUCGAUGAGUCAGUCCCCUUCUACCGCCUCUUCCCCUACCGCACUCCUUCCCUCCCCCCGCCACCGGACUUCCUUGUGCCAGGUCCCACCCCGGUAGACCCCCUCCCCCCUCAGGUUCCUGCCCCUUCAGGUGUGUCCCAGGUAGACGCAGUCGAGCCGGUCGAGGUUGAUGGUGACUCUGGUCCUACUGCGGGUGCUGAGCCUGGGGAUGCUGACUCUGGGGGUGCUGUGCGCGUGGGUGCUGAGCUUGGGGGUGAUGAGCCUUGGGGUGCUGAGCCUGGGGGUGACGAGCCUGAGGUUGCUGAGUCUGGGGGUGCUGCGCCAGAGGGUGUUGAGCCCGGAGGGGCUGCGUUUGGAGCUGCUGAGCCGCGAGGUGCGGAGCCUACGGCCACUGGACCUCCCCUUGUGGCGUCUGGCGGUGCUGGGCCUGGGGUUUCUCCGGUUGCUCCGUCUUGGCGGGAGCCCCUCUCUCCACAGGAGCUGCGCGAGUGGUUUGCUCGCCGCUGGAGGCGUACUGCUGGAGCUGGAGCUUCUUCGGCCGCUGAGGGUGCUGGUGCCGCCGGUCCUGGAGCUGCUGGGCCUUCGGGUCCUACUGGAGCUGGAGCUGCUGAGGGUGUUGGUGCUGAGACUGCUGCUGUCUGUCCUGGCGGUGGUCCUGCUGCUGGUGCGACUGGAGGUCCUGCCGCUGGAGGUGCUGUUGGCGCUGGUGCUGCCGCUGAGGGUUCUGGUGCUGUCCCUGCUGUGCCUCGAGUCCCCGCGCGGCCUCGGCCGUACUUCGUUCCGCUCCUGCAGCAGGUUCUUGGUCUUCCUCCUUCUGUAGAGUGUCCGCUGUCUGUCCAAUCGCCGUCACUGUUAGAGCCGGCCUCCCCACUGCCUGCUCCCUCUCCUUACACUGGUCCUACUGGAGGUCUCGCUGAGCGUCGUGAGCCUGCGUCUCGUCCCGCGUUGCCUGUUCAUGCUGCUCGCGCUAGUGGUCGUGGUUCGCGUCAGCGUCCUCCUCCUGUCCCUGGCACACACCGGAUGUCUCUGCGUCCGUCCAAUGCUCCUCUGCGUGCCCCUUCGCCUUCUCCUCCUAAGUCCUCUCUUCCUGCGCUUUCCGACCCGGAGUCCGACUCUCUUCGUGCUUCCAGUCCUACUGUCACGCGUCUUCUUGCUACUGUUGUCACUGACCCCUCUUUCGAGUCCACUGCUGCAUCUGCUCUUGUCGCUGAGCUCGUCGACUUUGCUGCUCGCUGUCGUCUAGACUACGCUGCUAGUCUUGUUGCUGAGUCUGCGUCUGUCUGUCCUCCGUCCGUCGGGGGUGAGUGUGCUCUUGGCACGGACGUCCUUGAGGACACGCAGGAGGAGUUCCAGUGUCUGGCUGCUGCUUCACCUCAUCUUGCGUCUGUACUGCUUGCCCCUGAGGGAGACCCGGAUGCACUAGACAUCCCGACUCCGCGUUCUUAUGCGGAAGCCGUAGAGGGUCCCUACUCCUCUCAGUGGCAGGCAGCUAUGGAUGCAGAGAUGGCUUCCUGGAAGUCCACAGGCACCUACGUUGACGCGGUUCCCCCUCCUUGGGCGAACAUCGUCAGUGGCAUGUGGAUCUUCAGGGUGAAGCGGCCGCCGGGCUCUCCACCUGUCUUCAAGGCGCGGUACGUCGCUUGUGGCUUCAGACAGCGGCAGGGAGUUGACUACUUUCAGACCUUCUCUCCCACCCCGAAGAUGACCACUCUUCGGGUGCUGCUACACAUAGCCGCUCAGCGCGACUACGAGCUUCACUCUCUUGACUUCAGCACUGCUUUCUUGCAAGGUAGCCUGCACGAGGAGAUCUGGCUGCGCCGUCCACCUGGCUUCACUGGGACUUUCCCUCCUGGCACCCAGUGGAGCCUCCGACGGCCAGUCUACGGUCUCCGCCAGGCACCGCGUGAGUGGCACGACACACUGAGGACUACGCUUGCGGCUCUUGGGUUUGCUCCCUCUACUGCUGACCCGUCGUUGUUUCUGCGCACCGACACCUCUCUGCCGCCGUUCUACAUCCUCGUGUACGUCGACGACUUGGUCUUUGCCACUGCUGACACUGCUGGACUCGCCUACGUGAAGUCGGAGCUGCAGAAGAGACACACGUGCACAGACCUGGGUGAACUGCGUAGCUACCUUGGCUUGCAGAUCACCCGGGACAGAGCACGCCGCACCAUUACCUUGACUCAGUCACACAUGGUGCAGCAGGUCCUUCAGCGCUUCGGCUUCACGUACUCCUCGCCUCAGGCCACUGUUCUAGCUACUCGCCACUCGCUCUCAGCUCUGCCUUCGGAUGAGUCCGUAGAGUCGAGUGGCCCGUACCCAGAGCUUGUUGGCUGCCUCAUGUACCUGAUGACCUGCACACGACCUGACCUUGCAUACCCUCUUAGCAUUCUUGCACGCUAUGUUGCUCCUGGGAGACACCGACCAGAGCACAUGGCUGCAGCGAAGAGGGUGUUGCGCUACUUGUGCAGUACGUCGGGCAUGGGGCUAGUGCUUGGAGGGCGGAGUCCAGCGGUCCUCACUGGUCACGCGGACGCUUCUUGGGCUGACGACCAGGCUACGCAGCGGUCGUCGCACGGUUACACCUUCACUCUUGGUUCUGGCUCUGUCUCUUGGCGGGCUACUCGCUCGUCUUCUGUUCUCGGCUCUAGUUGUGAGGCUGAGAUCUACGCCGGGGCCAUGGCUGCACAGGAGCUUCGCUGGCUCACCUACCUGCUGACUGACCUUGGAGAGGUGCCUCGUUCUCCUCCAGUGCUGUACGUAGACAACAAGGCCAUGCUGGCCUUGUGUCGAGAGCAGCGCUUGGAGCACAGAACGAAGCACAUUGCUCUCCGUUACUUCCUUGCUCGUGAGCUGCAAUAG